AUGGAAAGUAUUGAAGAUAUUGCAAAUCGUCCUGGAAAUAUCAACUGUUUUGAUUGCAAUGCGCAAAAGCCAGAGUGGUGCAGUUUAACAUAUGGUACUUUUAUCUGCUUAAAAUGCGCCGGUGAACAUCGAGCUUUAGGAACUCAUAUUUCAUUUGUUAGAUCAGUUAAAUUGGAUAACUGGAAGCAUGAAUCAUUGCAUAGAAUGAGUGAGUGUGGAAAUAUUAAAGCAAAAGAUGCUUUUGAAAAUGCAGGAAUUGCAGAUCUUCCAAUUCAAGAAAAAUAUAGAACAAAAGAAGCAAUUCAAUACGCAAAAUCAAUUGAAUCAGAUUAUCCAAUACCAAAUAUUGCUCCAAUUGCAGAUUAUGAUCCAAAUUAUAAAAAUCAGGUUAAAAUCUCAAAAGAUAAGAUUGCAUCAUUCGGAUCUGUUGGAAACUCAUCAGCACCUCGCAAAUCUGACCAAGAUGACCUUCUUACCAGUAUUUUCUGCUGUGGAUGCUUAAAACGCAGGAAGAGAGUCUCUAGUGUUAACUAUGAUUAA